AUGUGUUCUGAAAGAGAACGAUUAGAAACUCAUGCUUUUAUUCGACAACAACUUGAAUCAAUCCAUAUUGAACUUAAUCCAAAAGAAAUAAAUACACCACCAACAAAGAAAUUUAAACCAGAUUUAUCUAAUAAUCGGGAUUCAGAAAAUGAAGCGGAAGAUUCUGGAAUACGUGGUAAAAAACCCGAUGAGCUUGAUCGAUAUCUAAACUUCGAAUUUAAUAAAUCUAAAGUUAAUUGUAUUCCAUUAAUGUUCUGGAAGGAACACCAGGACAAAUUCCCUUACUUAUCUCGAUAUGCCAAAAGUAUUCAUUCAGUACCAGCUACAUCAGCUAGUGUUAAACGUCAGUUUUCUGGCGCAGGGUUAGUGAUUAAUGAAAGACGAACAAAUAUCAAUCCUGAACAAUUAGAAAAUAUUUUACUGAUAAGAUCAAUGCAAAAAAAUAAGAUACUUUAA